AUGUCUGAAGAAGCAAAGGAGAGGGUUACAUUUGUUUAUCACCCAGCAGAACUUUCUCUUAAGGGCAAGAACAGAGGAAAUUUCGAAGAUCAGCUUACUAAAAACAUGAAAUUACAACUUAAGCAUUCCGGAAUCACAGAUGUACACAUCGAAAAGAUCCAUGGCCGUCAUUUCGUUUCAGUUCCAGCAGAUAAGGAGUCAGUCCUUGAAGAAAUGUCUCCAAAAUUCUUUGGUGUAGCCAACUAUGGUAGAUGCUACACUUUCCCACGUGCCCAGGAAGAUGAAUUCAAGAAGCAUAUUGUCCAGCACUUCCGUGAGCUUAACGAGAAGUCCAAGAUUGAGUCAUUCCGCAUUGAAACGUCUCGUGUUGAUAAAAGAUUCCCGUUGAAGUCAAUGGAAUUCUCAAAGGAGAUCGGUGGUCUCAUCCACGAGCAAGUAGGAAUUCCAGUCAACCUUACAAAGCCAGCAACUACAGCCUGGAUCGAAGUUCUUAAUGAUAAGUUCGUCUACUUUACAGCUCGUUUACCAGGUGCCGCUGGUUUACCAGUCCAAUCAUCUGGUCGUGUCGCCUGCCUUCUUUCUGGCGGCUUUGAUUCACCAGUUGCUGUUUGGUACAUGAUGCGUCGUGGAUGCGCAGUUCAACUUGUUCAUUUCCACUCCGCACCAUAUGGCGAGUGGCGCUCAUCCGUUUCCAAGAUCCGCAAGAUCGUUUCUGUCUUACAUCAGUGGGGUGGUCCACCAAAGUUCUACGCAAUUCCAAUUGGCGAGCAGCAAAGACAGAUUGCAGUCGAUGCACCAGAUAAACUCAGAAUUACACUCUACAGGCGUCUCAUGAUGAGAGUUGCCAAGAAGAUUUGCGAGAGACAGCAUUGCGAGGCCUUAGCAACAGGAGAUUCACUUGGCCAAGUCGCUUCUCAAACAAUUAACUCAAUGACAACAAUCGAAUCCGUCAUUUCCCCAGAUAUGCUCAUUUUCAGACCAUUACUUGGCUUCAACAAGGAAGAAAUCAUGGAGAAGGCACAGCAGAUCGGUACUUAUGAUAUCUCUAUCCUUCCUGCAGGAGAUUGCUGCUCUCACAUGUUGCCAAAGAAAGUUGCAACUCAUCCAACAAUCGAAGAGGCAACAGAAGGCGAAAAGAAGCUCAACAUCGAUAAGAUGGUUGAAGAUGCAAUCGCUGCUGCUCAGCUCAUCGAUAUCAAUGCACCAUGGAAUGAAGAAGAGCCUGGUGAAGCUCUUGCUUGCCCAUUAACAACAUCUAAGUUCCAAGAAUAA